AGACUGAAUGAGGCAGCAGGUGCAUCUUUGGCAAAGAGGGAGAGGUUACACAGAAACCCGGCAGACAAGAUAUCAAGAAGACACCCCCCAAAAUACAUAUUUGUCGCAUUGUCUUGGAUCAUAGUUGUUUUACAUCAUCCUGUGGAUCUAACCAGCUCUUUUCGAUGGCAUCUCAGUGCCUCAGCAGUGUGCUGACAAACGCGAACCUCACCAUGUACCAGAAUGGUCUUCCUGAUGUUCUGUCCCAUCAACCCAUCAUCAACACCCAGCAGAACGGCAACCUCAGCUAUAGCUCCAACACUGGUCUGUGGUAUGGUCAGAUGAAUCCCCUCUUUUGGACAGCUGAAAACGUUAUGGAGUGGAUCAGCGGCCAUGCCGACAGCACCAAGUUUGAUGCAAGUACCCUGAUUCUGUCCUACUGUGCCAUGGACGGUCACACCUUCUGCCAGAUGAACCUAGACCAGAUGAUCAUGGUGUUUGGACCUCAGCUUGGCCCGCACCUCCACCAAAACCUGCAAGAACUCAAAGCUAAAUAUGAACUGACGAGUCUAUCAGGACCAGAGCUAAAUGAGACCUGCCAGCUUCUGGAUAGGUUCCUACACAACCUAAACCUUCCAGACAACCUCACCUUUCCUUUGAUCAGCACCGUCAAAUUUGGUCAAGGUCCAGACGCAGUUAGCAAAAUGGAGUUUGACAGCGAGGAUAAUUAUGAUCUGCUCAGCCUGACCAUGGGGGCCGUGACACCUCUGCAAGACGAGUAUCUGUCUGAUAAUCUGUCUGAUAGCGAGUGCAGCUCCUCAUCCAAUAGUGGUCUGUUCGGCUUCUCAAACCUUGGCUCACCAGAGUCUGUCAGUGGAGAAUCUGACCCAGAGUUCUCCUACCCCGUGAUUUCAAAGACGCUGAUUAAGAAGGAGAGAACAGAGUCACAAAUUAAACGACCUCGGGGGCGACCACCUAAAGUCAGCAGAGAACAUAGCAAUAUUUAUGACCCGUCGAAGAAGAACAAACAUGCACCUCGGGGCACUCAUCUUUGGGAGUUUAUCAGGGAUAUUCUGAUCCACCCAGAGAAGAACCAAGGCCUAAUGAAGUGGGAAGAUCGCCGUGAGGGUGUUUUUAAGUUCCUGAAGUCUGAGGCUGUGGCUCAGAUGUGGGGACAGAAGAAGAAGAACAGCAGCAUGACGUAUGAGAAACUCAGCCGUGCUAUGAGGUAUUACUACAAACGGGAAAUCCUGGAGCGGGUUGAUGGACGGCGGCUGGUAUACAAGUUCGGAAAGAAUUCCAGCGGCUGGAAAGUUGAAGAGAUUGGGAUAAGCAUGUGAAGUUUCAUUUUCCAUGGCAGUUGAAAUGAAAAGGCCAAAGUAGUUCAGAACUCGAAUUACCUGCUUAUCCUGUCAAGGAGAAAAUCUUGCUGCCCAAAUUUUAAGACACUAACUUCCUUUUUGACGGAAGGUGUUCCAGAAAAUGUCUGCCAAUGAUUUUGGCUCUAGUAGGUUUUAUGAACCAAUUUUAAUGUAACUUUGUUGUGUGAUUGAUUGUCAUCACAGAGAUGUUUGAAGUAACCGAAAUGGAUAGUUUUUUUCUCUUGCAUUUAUUCGUGUUUCAAGACUCUAAAUGUGCUGUUUUCCAUGUUUAUAACUGGAGAAUCUGCCUUCUAUUAAAUUCCCUUAUGUUGAACUUAUAGCAAAGAAAACUGUUCAUGAAAAAAAAAAAAAAAAAAAACCCCAAAAAACAGAAGCUU